GUGCUCUUUUGUUGCUUUUGAUUGAUUGAUUGAUUGAUUGAUUGAUUGAUUGAUUGAUUGAUUGAUUGAUUGAUUGAUUGAUUGAUUGAUUGAUUGAUUGAUUGAUUGAUUGAUUUUCUUCCUUUCUUUCUUCUUUCCUUCCUUCCUUCUUUCCUUUUACCGUUGUUGACCAUUGCCUCACGCUAACCGCGAUUCCUUACUGCUUCUUCCCGAUGCCAGCCGCGCAUUACAGUCCGCUCGCGAGAAUAAGGGGAAUACAAGCGCCGGACAAUCACAACUACUUCGAGCCAAGCACCAUCGUAGCGAGUCUCCGCAAGUGCGACGUGGACGACUGGGUCUACUCUGUUCCCUCGAACUGCAGCAUCAGCUCAAGCAUCCACGCGCAGGAGACGUGGCCCACCAAGUACCCGGACUGCAAGGGCAAGUCGCAGUCGCCGCUGCACCUGCGCUUCCUCCAGUCCACUUACAAGGACAUGCCGCCCAUAAACUUCUUCAACUACGACACCGAGAUGGUCCUGACCGUCGAGGUCAAGGGCGCGAACCUGUUCGUGUCUCCGACAAACUCUCGCGUGGCCGUCUACGGCGGUCCCCUGCUGGUCGAGUACACUUUCGUCCUCGGAGUGUUCCACUUCGGCACCGGCAGCGGACAGGGCGCCGAGCACCACAUCGACGAGCAGAACAACGCGGCUGAGCUCCAGUUGAUCCACUACACGGAGACCAACAUCGACAUCGACUGCCUCAAGGAAGUUAACGGCCUGCUGGCACUCGUCAUCCUCUUCAAGGAGACGGAGAACAACAACACCGUGCUGUCGGGCUUCAUGAAGGCGGUGCGCGAGCUGCAUGUGCCGGGCACCAACGAGACGUCGCCCAAGGCGAGCUCGGCGGUGCCAAAGUUCUUCAUGUCCUACUUCACGCCGGCCAGCACCGAGAACUACUACCUCUACUCGGGCUCGCUCACCUUCCCGCCUUGCACCGAGCGGGUCAUCAACGUCGUGCUCAGCCGCUCCGUCGAGAUCGGCAAGGACCAGCUAGCGGAGCUGCGCAAGCUGAAGUGGCGGUUCCAGACCCAACCGUGCUCGUCGGCCACGGUGGCCGGCAACGUGCGAAAGCUCGUGGCCAGCACCACGGGGGCUGAGACGCGGGCGGUGUACCGGAACUUCCGGUUCAUGACCCGCCAGGGUGCCACCGCGCCCGCAGCGCCCUCCGCCGUCGCCCUCGCCGUUAUCGCGGUGCUGCUCGCCGCAGAGGCCGCAGCUACGCCGCCCAACACGGCCUGGCCGCUUCCAUAAGAGACAUUAUUACGCAUGAUUUAGGCGCCGGGGGAAGAAAAAAAAGAUUGUCGCAAUUGCGUUGCGCACUAAUUAUAACGGUCGUUGUAACGUUCAAAACUUCGUCAAUUGUCGGGCGUGCGUAGCCUUCUAACGGCUGCUGUAUUUGUAUUCCUGUUGGAUGCAACACAUUCCCUGCAAUUACGGGCGAAUGUGCUUUGCUUUCUUUCUUCUUUUUUUUUGUCCUUGCGUUUGCGCUAUGUUUUAUGCGAAUGUCUUCACUGACUCGUACGUAUAGUGCUACAAAAGCCGCACGUUUAUCACGUUGAUACAAUUUCCACGGCCGAAAUUCCCGAUAGCCAAUCGUCUGUAUGUAUGUAUGCAAUCGCGGAUGGUAAAGACUUUUCUUACAGGGAAACGUAUACGAGCGCAGCUAUCAGUUUGUUUCCUUUCUGGUGCUAUCGCUGGAUUAUAGAAGCCACUUACUGUUCGUACUACGGCUGCGAGCGCUCCGAUCGGACAUGCAGGCAUUGGCGAGAUACAUAUUUGCGACUACACGAGUUCGCGUAGGGGCAAGGAAGUGGGGUUAAUUUUGAUUCAUGUGAUUUGCCGCGUCAAAGCAACUCGGGCUAUCGAAGACGCCGGCGCUGAGGGCUUACCAUCAGGCGUUCUUUGGUGUAAAGUCAAAGCUCGUUACACGAGCGUUUUUUCCUCUUCAC